AUGGCAAUUUUCUCUCUUCUUGGGGGUUUUAUGAUGACUGCUGUAAUUGGAAUAAAGUUGUUUGCAAUACUAUUACAGGACGAGUUACUGCACUCCAACUUGGAGGCACAAGGCAUGGUUGGGAUUCAAAAGAUUGGUUUUGAAAGGCUUUUGACACUUGAGAAUUUGGAGCUUCGUUAUUUGAGUUUUAACAACUUCAACAACAACAUUUUAUCAUCCUUCACUAGUUUUACAUCUUUAAAAUCUUUAUAUCUAAAUGGCAACAAAUUAAACAGAAAAUUAAAUAUUGAAGGCUUCCCUGUUCUCAGAAAUUUGCAAUAUUUGUAUUUGGAUUCUUCUACUCUCAACAAUAGCUUUUUACAAAGCAUUGGAACACUGACCUCUUUCAAAAUUCUAUUAUUAUGUGAUUGUGGACUCAGUGGCACCAUACCUUCAACCAAAGACAAUAUGUUCCAAAUCCCAAUCUCCCUCCAUCCUUUUGUCAACCUCUCAAAGCUUACAUAUUUUGAAAGUGGGGGUAACAAAAUAUAUGUAGAAACAGAGAUGGAGAAUAUGAUUCCAAAGUUCCAAUUGAAGACGCUUUAUUUGUUUGGUGAUGGAUAUGGUGGAGCAUUUCCUAAAUUCUUGUACCAUCAAUAUGAACUUGAACAAGUUGCUCUUUCAAACAUCAAAUUCAGGGAAAGGUUUCCAUAUUGGUUGUUAGAUAAUAACACAAACCUAGAAUCAUUUUAUUUAGCCAACAAUUCUUUUUCCGAGCCUCUCCAGUUACCAAUUCGUUCUUAUGUGAAUUUAUCUGAGUUGGAUAUAUCUGAUAAUAGUUUUUAUGGUCAUAUUCCAAUACAGAUUGGAGCAUAUUUUCCAAGUUUGACAAAACUAAAAAUGUCUAGAAGUGGUAUCCAUUGUAGUAUUCCCAAUUCGAUUGGAAAUAUGAGUUCAUUGACAUAUAUGGAUUUGUCUAAUAAUCAAUUAUCUGGUAACAUCCCCAAUUCGAUUGAAAAUAUGCCAUCUCUUUACGUCUUGACUCUAACAGACAAUGAUAUUUCUGGAAAUCUUAGCCACAAUCAUAUGAAUGGAAGCAUUCCAUCAUGGAUUGGAGGAUUACCUCAAUUGGGUUAUCUUAUCCUGAGUAAUAAUAAUUUUGAAGGUGAAAUACCAAUUCAAUUGUGCAAGUUGAAUUAUUUAAGUGUAGUGGAUCUUUCACACAAUAAACUUACUAGUCCUAUUCACCCUUGUCUAAAAUGUAGUAGCAAUCCGGAAAGGACUUUCUAUAUUGGUGUAAAUAGUAUUUCUGCCUUCAUGGAAGGAAAUUUAGAGUUGACAAUGAAGAGUUUGUCCUUAUCUUAUGAGGGAAUGAUUGCUACUUACAUCUCUGGAAUUGAUUUCUCUUGCAACAACUUUACAGGCAACAUUCCUUUUCAAUUUGGAAAACUCAGUGAGAUCAAGCUACUGAACUUAUCCCACAACAGUUUGAUAGGACCAAUCCCUACAACAUUUUUCAACUUAAGUCAAAUUGAGAGUUUGGAUCUUUCAAACAACAAGUUGUAAGGGAGCAUUCCUUUGGAGCUCACCAAGUUAUA